AUGGAGAGGCCUCUUGAGAAACUUGUCUCAGAAGACAGUCCCCACUACAGCAUCAUAUGCUUCCACUAUUACAUACAAUAUCAUUUGCAUGUACAACUAUCAGAGGCUGCUGAAUAUGCAAGGAAAAAAGGAGUGGUGUUGAAGGGAGACCUCCCAAUUGGUGUAGACAGGAACAGUGUUGAUACUUGGGUCUAUCCAAACUUGUUUCGGAUGAACACAUCAACUGGAGCACCACCUGAUUAUUUUGAUAAAAAUGGGCAGAAUUGGGGUUUUCCAACUUAUAAUUGGGAGGAAAUGUCAAAAGACAACUAUGGAUGGUGGCGUGGUCGUUUGACUCAAAUGGCGAAGUAUUUCACAGCUUAUAGAAUCGAUCAUAUAUUGGGCUUCUUUAGAAUUUGGGAACUACUUAUUAAAAUGAUGAAGUAUAUCAAGAAGAGGAAAAUGUAUGACAUGAAGAACAAUUGCGGUCGCACGAAUGACAAUUUUUGGGCGGUGGAUCUCGCUUAA